UCUGUAGCUGUGCAGGGUUAAGACAGACAGAGUGACUAGGAUAGCAAGUAAGAGCAAACAGCUUUUAUAUAAGGACGGGAUCAUCGACAAAAGGUACACCCAAACAAAAGUGACAUUCAGUUCUAAUUUACAAGGAUUAUGUUUCACAGCUGAACCACCACUCUCCGUCCAUUUCACCUGUUGAAGGCAGGUUAGGUCAUACAGGGUGACUCUCUGUUAAAAAGCGUUGUGAAUGUGUUCAACAGCCAACUAUGUUCUCCCACUAAGGAGAACUUGUGAGUCUUUGGGGGCCCCGGGGAGACGGUACGGGAGCGCAUCCAUGACCUCCAGCUUCCAGGGAGGGCGGCCUCAUGGGAUUGCAGAAGACAUGGGCCAGGACAUGGAUUUGGCCUGGCAGGAGCUGAUGACCAUCACGGAUCUACAGGAGUUCAAUGUCCCAGCUGAGAGCUCCUAUGAGCCAUCACCGUACAAUUCUGUCGUUCCCCUGGUCCCGAUAGGGGACUACAGCAUGACCCAGUCCCGUUCUGCCGCAUGUGAACCCAACACUGCUCAAUAUGAGGAACCCUACUCAGAGGUGAGGCAAGCAUGCCAUCAUCUGGGCUCCACUGCAGAGGCAAUGUUUGCUCUCAAUGUUACUCAUCCCAGCCCCAGAAUGCUGCCUUCCUCUGCUUCAACCCAUCAUUUGGAAGGGAAAGAGCAGAUAAAAAUGGGCUGUAUCACUCACAGAACAAAUAUGCCAUGGACUACUCACAGAUCAAACAUGCAUCAUAGUUCUGUGGAUGACUUUGAGUCCGACUCUGGCCUGUCCUUGGGUUCUAGUCCUCCCCUAACCUCCCCAGAUGAUGCCCAGAUUGCCUCAACAUCAUACCCAAACGCAGAUGCACGCAUCACUUAUAGCAAUGGAGAGAGUCAUGGUCUACAACCCAGAAGGCCUCAGUCACGGUUCCCUGUGGAGCAUCAGCUGCACCAUCAUUUGUAUUCUCACCCGGCCCAGUCUUCUUACCUCCCCUCUCAACCUUACUUUAAUCAUGAACCCAACUCUAUGACCCCUCUACCCAAGCCCCAGCAUUACCAAGGAAAUACUUUGAACGACCAGAUAGAUGGCGCCGAGUUGUCCAGCAGAGGGUGCUCUCAUCAAAGCAUGCAUGUGAGGCAACAAGAUAACCACACCCACCCAGCACCACUGAGCAGAGAUGAGAGACGCGCACUGGCCCUGAAAAUCCCCUUUACUGCGGAAAAGAUCAUCAACCUGCCAGUCGACGACUUCAAUGAGCUCUUGACACAGCACACACUGUCUGAGUCUCAGCUGGCUCUGGUCAGGGAUAUAAGACGGCGAGGGAAGAACAAGGUUGCUGCCCAGAACUGCAGGAAGAGGAAGCUAGAGAAUAUAGUUCACCUUGAAGCAGAACUGGACCAGCUACAAGCACACCAAGAGCAGCUGGCUCAGCAGAGAAUAAAGUUUCAACACAGCCUUGCUAUUGUAAAGUGCCAUCUCACAGACCUUUACAGUAAAGUGUUUACCUAUUUAAAGGAUGAACACGGUCAGCCAUAUUCGAUAGACGAGUACUGCCUACAGCAGACACCUGAUGAUAAAGUCUACCUGGUGCCGCAAAAUAUGCAAGGAAGGCAGCAACGCUGAGUGAUUUCAUAAUGUAUAUCAUUAACUCAGCUUAUUUCAUUUAAAUUUUCCGUAGUUGGCAAGCUUAACACAUGCAUUUUGUAACAUCAAUAAACAUUUGGUCUUGAGAAAUACUUUGUUAAAAAUACAAAGACAUCGUUUUGUAAAAAUAUUUUAUUAGAAAAGUUAAAAAGACCGCACAGCGGCCAUGCAAUUUGUUGAAGCAUAUCAGCCUCAAACGCCAUCUGUCCAUGAAACCUAUGGUGGCAUACAGGGAACAAGUUUAGAACACAUUCAGUCAUGUGCUCGUAUUGUUACUACACCGCCCUUUAAACAAACCUUAAUAAAGUGCCUGAUCCACAGUCAUUCAUUCAAUGUUGCAGCAGCGCAAUGCCAAUUCCCCUGUAAAAUCAGAUACCAAGCGUGAGGAAGGCUUUUAUCUAUAAAAUUGUAAUUUAUUAGGAUUUAGCAUGCAUAACAUUUGCAAAGGAUAACAGCCAGUUCUCAGGCGCUAUAAGGAAAUAAAUGUUUUAAAUUACUCUGCCACGUAACUUACUACCAACUACAGAACACAGUAUGUAAACAAACUAACGGGAGUGGAGAAGUCUUGUCUUACCUACACAGCCUUAAAGCUCUUUGGUAGCUGCUGCAUGCUAGCCUCAGCACUGUUCUCACUCCCCUGCUUCUUUGCUCCUGGGGUCGGUUUUGCUACUUCCCUCCCUCAGCUGGCUUCCAUGGCUAGCCUCAAGACUGGCAUGUACGCUAGCCUCCUCCGGAUGUUUUCUUCCCUCCAACAUCUGUCCUCAGUAUGCCCGUGAGGCUUUUUGAUUGUACUCGUGCACCACUUCGGUCAACUUAAGUGUGUGGCAGGUUUAUAGCAAGAUCAUUUGCCACUAUUGAAUUUUUCAUAAAUUCCACAUACACCCAGGUCAUAUCUUACACUGAUGGUUUAUUCCCCAAGAGCCAUCUCACCAACUGAGACAAGUGUUCCCUCCCUUUCCCAAACCCUAAAAGAGGCUAACAAGACAACGGUUUAAAAAAAACUGAAAGGUGUUUUAUUUCAACUUGAUUAAAUGCAGAUACACAAAAAUAAAAACCAUACUUAAAAAGAAAUCUACAUAAACCCCAUUGGAAUGCCUUUCCAGAAACAUAAAAAAUAAUCCUGGACACAUAUUUUUUUGGAUUAAAAAUGAGCUCCAUGAUUCUCCUAAUGUACAUCACUGAGCAGUACAUCUCAUUGGCUGAGCAGUACAUCUCAACCUGCCCUUCCCUGUCGCUUGCUCUGCUCUCCUCUCCUAAGUACUCAGUCCUGUUGAACAAUACGGAACAACAUAGUUAAACUGUGAACUUCACUUCCAAUGACCUGACAUCCAGAGAUUUGUACUAGAGAUGAGAUUUUUAAUACUUGGGAGCUACAUGUAUAGAUAAUCUCCACUACUUAAACAUGAACUUGGUUUCAGAGUGAAUUUUACAU